ACGGGUGUCGGAGCUAUACAAGGCAACGGAGCAUCCACAGUAAGACGCGGCUAUUAAGGGGAUGAGGCAUCGAUACGCGGGAGCUGUCUAUCAGCACCAAAUCCCCGACGAAGAGCGAGGCAGCGUGCAGAGCCAAGACCCAAACCCAGUCGCUCCAGUUUUCAGUCUGCCGCCCCCUCCUCCGUCUUUCAGAGAGCGUUCGACUACCACCUUGCACUACCUGAACCACCACCAACUGCCUUGUCUGAGCAAGCCCUCUCGGAGAGGUAUCCAUGCCUGUCAGCCGCAGCACGGCGAGCCCCCGCCUCUGACAAGCUACAACAUCGCCCAGCGACCUUCACACCGGGUCUGUGAACCCGCCGGGCAGCCAGCACACCUGCAGCAGAACCGUUGGGCCGCAGCCGGCUCCCAGCCGCAGUCGGAGCAGCCUGUUUUUCAGAGCUGCCACUGCAGUUUUUCCGAGGAGGCGAGCCUUUCUCACCAGCGCCAGCCCCUCGCUCACCCGCCGCAGCCCUCCCCAUCUUUGCCGCCGUCGUCCUCUCUGCUGUUUUUGCAGGAAUCUAAUCACGGGGAUCAUUUCCAAAGCAGUGCCAAAUACCAACAGGCGAGCAUCGUGGAACGCUGCCGGGGAGGAGGAGGAGGAGGAGGAGGGCACCGAGACCAGAAGCAGUUGUUGCAGCAACAGCAGCAGCACAGCAGACUCCAACACAGGGACAGGGACCCCUCCCCUGAAGCAACCCGAGCAAACUCGCAGAAAGGGCGCACUAUACAUGUAUGUGAGUCAAUCGAGGCUAACCGGCGAGCAUUCGAGUCCCAGACUCAGGGCCUGCAACAGCUACAGCAACUCCCACAAUUGCGAGCUCAACAACAGCUACUAGUGGGGAGCAGCUUGCCUAUCAACUACUGCGCCAACGGUUCAGGAGAGCUAUGUCGGAAUAACCAGGCACCACUGCUGCAACAGCAUCAGCAGCAGCAAGACGCACUGGGGCGUCCGCAGCACUGUGACCAAGACCGCAAUAAGCCGGGGAGGACGAACCAAGUCAACCAGCCACAGCACCCCAGCCAGCCGCAGCACCAUUGCCGCGACUCCCGUGUAAACCCACCAACGCAGCCGUACGGGUCGUCUGCGUCUGCGACUGGCACUAGCAGCAAGAGCAGCCCUAACUACGGCUCCAGCUAUCACCUGUGGCCCGAGAGCCCGCAUAAGGGAGAAGAGAGGAUACUCAUCGAUCAUCAUCAGCAGGCAACCACUGAGCAAAAGAAGCUGAGCCAUGCUGGAUCCAAGCCCUCCCUCUCCGAGAGCAGCGGCCGACUCCCUCAGAUAGCCAUGAACACCUGCAAGUACAAUGGCGGCGUAGUGAAACCACUGGGCAGCCUGGCGUCGUCGCGGCGCAACCUAGCAGAGCUCGACUCCGAGACACAGCCCCUCCAGACGCUGCACAGCUCUGGCCUGGAGGUGGUGGUUUCCAAGGGCAACGGCGAGGACCCCAGUAAGGCGUCCAACGAGAGCUUGGUCAGGGACGGGAACGGUGCUCCCGUGAAGAAGAACAAGGACAUCGGCUAUAGGCUCGGCCACCGGAGGGCGCUCUUUGAGAAGCGAAAGAGACUCAGUGACUACGCGCUCAUCUUCGGGAUGUUUGGGAUUGUCGUCAUGGUGACGGAGACAGAACUGUCCUGGGGAGUUUACGGCAAGGAAUCGUCGUACUCAUUUGCACUGAAAUGCCUUAUCAGCCUUUCCACUGUUAUAUUGCUUGGUCUUAUAAUAAUGUACCAUGCCCGGGAAAUCCAGCUGUUCAUGGUGGACAAUGGGGCUGACGACUGGAGGAUAGCCAUGACAUACGAACGCAUCUUCUUCAUCGUGCUGGAGCUGCUGGUGUGCGCCAUCCACCCCAUCCCGGGCCAUUACCGCUUCACGUGGACGGCGCGGAUUGCCUUCACCUACACGCCGUCGACGGCCAACGCCGACGUGGACAUCAUCCUCUCCAUCCCCAUGUUCCUGCGCCUCUACCUGAUCGGCCGUGUCAUGCUGCUGCACAGCAAGCUCUUCACGGACGCCUCGUCGCGCAGCAUUGGCGCCCUCAACAAGAUCAACUUCAACACGCGCUUCGUCAUGAAGACCCUCAUGACCAUCUGCCCCGGCACCGUGCUGCUUGUCUUCAGCAUCUCCUCCUGGAUCAUCGCCGCCUGGACGGUGCGCGUCUGCGAGAGGUAUCAUGACACACAGGAAGUGACCAGUAACUUCCUGGGAGCCAUGUGGCUCAUCUCUAUUACCUUCCUCUCCAUUGGCUAUGGAGACAUGGUACCUAACACGUACUGUGGGAAAGGCGUAUGUCUGCUUACAGGGAUCAUGGGAGCGGGUUGCACUGCGCUGGUGGUCGCCGUGGUAGCCAGGAAGUUGGAGUUGACCAAGGCUGAGAAGCAUGUCCACAACUUCAUGAUGGACACACAACUCUGCAAACGAGUAAAGAACACAGCUGCCAAUGUACUCAGGGAAACAUGGCUCAUCUACAAACACACUAAGCUGGUCAAGAAGAUAGAUCACGCUAAGGUGCGCAAACACCAGCGCAAGUUUCUACAGGCCAUCCAUCAAGCUCAGAAACUACGCAGUGUGAAGAUGGAGCAGAGGAAACUCAACGAUCAAGCCAACACGCUAGUGGACCUGGCUAAGACCCAGAACGUGAUGUACGACCUGGUGUCGGAGCUGCAGGAGCGCAGCGAGGAGCUGGACAAGCGCAUCGGCAUGCUGGAGGACAAGUUGGACUCGGUGACGGGCAGCCUACAGGCGCUGCCCUGCCUCAUCUCCCAAGCCAUAACCCAGCAGCAGCAGGAAUUUCUGGACAGUUUCCUGCAACGCUUCCGGCCUGCCUCGCUGGGAUCAGAGCGCUCCGAACGUUCAGAGCGCUCCUGGACAUCCACCGCCCGCCGGCGCCGCUCGCCCUCCACGGCGCCACACACCUCCUCUGACAGCGGCUAGACCUCGCCCUCGAAACUGCCCUAAACCGCAACAUCCCCGACAACAACUUCUCCUUUGGAGCCCCAUAACGUUCCCCUAACCCCCCUAAACCCCACUCUGCCUUCACAUCCAAAAACCAACACCGCUGUGACUGAACUCCCAGGGCAGGACUGAACUGGAAACUGCUCCAAUGCGAAAACUUUGACACAUCCUCCAAACAACAACCUAAAUGACUUAAAAAAGACAAGUAGAGAUAUGGUUUAUGUUUUAGCCAUUGUAUGGCUGUUCAAGUAAGCUUUUUUUGUAAAAGCCCUUGUAUAGUUAAACUGACUUGAGUUCAGGUUUGCUGGGGUGAGAGCUGGCUAUCACACCUGGGGGGGGGAGGGGCUGGAGGACACCUGCGUCUGCAUGGAGGGAAACUUAAAAACGGAAGACUUCCCUUUUACAAGAGUAAUCGUUUUCCACGUAAGUCAAGGUGGUGGUAUAAGAGGGCCUUUGAAAGCUGGGGGGGGGUCAUACAAAAGGAGAGCAAGGGGAAUGCACAUGACAUUACUACUGAGUAGGAAGAUUUACAUGAAUGCCAACUUCAAAGUUUCAGUUUCCUUGUUCUUACCAAGGGAAAGUUGACUGUGACUAUCUUUUUUAGUUACAUAUUGACAUGUGAUUUUUCAGUGCCUGAAUGUACAAAUAGUAGAGGGUUAUUUAAUUACUAAUUUCAGAGCAAGUUUUUUAUGAUGUUAACACUGAAUACAAGCAUUGCAUUCCUUUUUCAGAUACAUUCCUCUUCAAAAACUCAAAGAAAUUGUCUUAAUGUAAUGCAUAACAUUGCCUCCAUUACACGAUAUCUCUAAAUGUUUUGAAAACUAUUUCUUUUUCUACUUAUACUAAUCACUAAAAUCUGAAUAGGCCAGAGAGAAAGAGAAAGAGUGGAGAGAAAAAUGAGUGAGAAUGUGUUUAAGAGAGAAUUGACUUCCAGCUGAAUGCUGCGCACUCAUACUCACACAAAACUAUGAAAUGUAGUCUACCUUUUCCAUCAUUACAAAUCAGAGCUUCCACAGGUCUUCAGAUAAUGGCAUGGCUUGAAGUCUGCUGGUAAACGGCGACACGCACACGAUACCGACCGAACUGAGAAACCAACCCCUCCCCUUGCAUGGUUCUGUGCAAAAAUGACGAUUGAGCAAAACCUUUUGGAUGACUUUGGAUUUACAUUUUGAUUUUAUGCUACUUUUUUUAUUAGGAACCUAGAAUUUCUAGAGUUGUAAAUCUAGAGAGUUGCAGUAAUGUGUUACUGUAUAACAAAUGCAUUCCCUGUUUUAAAAUGAAAAUAAAUAUAUAUAUAUAUAUAUAUAUAUAUAUACAC